AUGGCACUGCAGGCCGGUUUCAAGGAAGUCUGUGAGCAUCCAAACGGCUCCUGCCAGGAAUUCUGCAUCGACUCAGAAAUCCAGGCUGGGAGAUGUUUGGACGGCCGACCAUGCUGUCUGCCCAUGGUGCAUGUACCUGAAGUCGACCCUACUACACCCAAGGAGCACUGA